GUAACCGGAUACUACUAACGUUACUGAAGAUAGCGGGGCGACACAAAUUGAAUCUCGUUAGCUAAGUAACGUUGGACACUAACGUUAGAAUUUACACGGAAUUUACACGUUAUCAUCUGAAGGAACGGAAAAUACCUGGAUUCGAAAGGAGCAUACGCUGUAUUAUACCACUCUUGUUGAACGUGUGUUAUGGGAACUCGCUCAACUGAGCACUUUCUGCCAUGAUGCACGGGUUUCAUGAAUGCUUGGCAGGCUAGCUUUUGGUGCUGACUUACACUAUUUUCUGACGAAAAAGAAGCUCGAUCUUUCAUACUACCACCAAUGAUGGCAAAAACCACAUUGUCGCAGGUCGUAGAAUUGUUCCAUUAUUUGCAAGAUCCGCACCAUGUCGCACGGUUUCAGCAGAUCUGCGGGGUGCGCGGGACGUUUUCUAAGAACUCAGCGGAGAUCAAAGACACUGAGCGGACUCAUUUGCACAACAACGGCGUCUCCAUCCAUCCCACCAGUGAAAGUGACAAAUGCACUCUCAGUGGUGGCGGAGAAGGAGAGGAGACAGAGGGUCUUCGACAGAGGAUCUCGAGCGGACUCUCUUUAAAACCAGAGGGACUUGGAAAUGUUCCUCAAAAUGGAGCAGCGGUCACACCGGGGUCUGAAAGGUCGGGGCAUAGCACGGGCGAAACCGGAGCCCGGGACAGCGUGGAAAAUGUUUCAAAUAAUGUUAAUCCGUCUGAGGUGGAGAUUGGACCUCCGAGUGUCGGUGGAGGGAACCCAAGUGUCUUAGAGAGCACAGUUAAACCCUUGCGUAAGAAUUCUCUAACAGGUGAUCUGGGACAGGAAUUCAUCAUCGAGAACACGUUUUUGUACUACCUAUUCACCUUCGGAACCGAAUUGGGAAACGAGCUGUUUUAUAUCACCUUUUUCCCGUUCUUCAUAUGGAACGUGGAUGCAUAUGUUAGCCGGAGACUGGUAGUUGUAUGGGUUUGGGUAAUGUACCUUGGUCAGUCAACCAAGGAUGUGAUUCGGUGGGCCAGACCAGCUUCGCCGCCUGUGGUCAAGGUGGAGAUGUUCUAUAACUCUGAGUACAGUAUGCCCUCUACGCACGCCAUGUCGGGAACUGCCAUUCCCUUCUCGCUGUUCCUGCUGACCUACGAGCGUUGGGAGUACCCCUUCCAGGUGGGCCUCUCGCUGGCACUGUGCUGGUGCAUCCUGGUCUGCAUCAGCCGGAUCUACAUGGGCAUGCACUCCAUCCUGGACAUAAUCGCUGGCGUGUCGUUCAGCGUUCUGAUCCUGGUGGUGUUCCAGCCAGCCCUGGACAUGAUUGACAACUUCUACCAGACGAACCACUACGCCCCCUUCUUAAUCAUCACCCUCCACAUAGGCAUGGGCCUCUUCUCCUUCACCCUGGACACCUGGAGCACCUCCCGGGGCGACACUGCCCAGAUCCUGGGCUGUGGAGCUGGCAUGGCCCUGGGUUCCCACCUCAACUACCGCCUGGGCCUGAUGCCUGACCUCCCCCUGACCCAGCUGCCCCUGUCCCCUCCAGACCUCAGUGUCUCCCUGGUGGCCGUGGCCCUGCUGAGGUUGAGCCUGGGAGUGCUGUUGCUGCUGGCCACCCGCGCCCUCAUGAAGGCUCUCACCAUCCCGCUGGCCUGCCGCCUAUUUGGCAUCUCCAGCGGGGACACCAGGAAGGCCCGGCAGCACAUGGAGGUGGAGCUGCCCUACAGAUACAUUGUGUACGGGACGAUGGGCUUCAACACGCUCUUCCUGGUUCCUCUGCUCUUCACCUACCUGAAGCUCUCCUGAUGGUGAGGGGCUCUGUUUUCAGCUCCUGGCCCUCAUCCUGCUCAUCCUGGCCCUCAUCCCGACCCUAAUCCUCAGCCCUCAUCCUAACCCUCAUCCUGCUCAUCCUGACCCUCAUCCUGCUCAUCCUGACCCUCAUCCUGACCCUCAUCCUGCUCAUCCUGACCCUCAUCCUGCUCAUCCUAACCCUCAUCCUGCUCAUCCUGACCCUCAUCCUGCUCAUCCUGACCCUCAUCCUGCUCAUCCUGACCCUCAACCUGCUCAUCCUGACCCUCAUCCUGCUCAUCCUGACCCUCAUCCCGACCCUCAUCCUGUGCCUCACUCUACACAGCACCCUCAGGACCGCACCACUUAUUCCUAUUCCAGACAAACCGAGCGCUGCCACUUGGUCCUCGCCCCGCACGCUGGUCACGGAUGACACUUUGAAGCAGGGGCGUCAAAAGGACUGAGCCAGCCGGAUACCACUGAUCUAGUUCCUGUAAUUAACCUGUGUCUUACUAUUCAGAAAAAAAACCUGGAUAAUUCAGGCCUGUUCUCAACCUUUGAUUUGAUGGUGAUCUCAAUUAUAUCUUACUUACUUGCCACCCCUCAGUAAAUGGUAAAAGUAAAUGGGAAUUAAUUGUAUUUUAUUCUUUUUUUCUUUUUUUUAAGGGCUAAAUUUAUGUAUUUUUACAUAAUUAAUGUAGUUUUUUUUAAUUUAUUUGAUUGCAUUUGUUAGUUUCACUUCAGACUGAUGGGAGAAAAGCCAUUACUGGGCACAUAUGAUGCUAAAGCAUCACCUUUUCACUGUGGGAUGUGUACUAUAUGUAGAUUAUAGGGUUUCAGGUAAUACGAAGAUAUGCAUGUUCUGUCAAGUCGUUGAAGGGGAUCCCCCUUACUCCUAUAAAUGAUCUGACGUGGUGUCAGAGGAGGAAAGGUCUGUUCCAGGAGACGAGGGAAGACUAUCAGAAGACUGUCAGAAGACUAUCUGUCUCCUGUGUCCCUCCUCUAGAAACUCAGAGGAACAAACACAAUGUCCCUUACUUCAGUGUACCUCUCUGUUCCUCUUCCUCCUUCCUUCCUUCCUUCUUUCUUGAUCAUCUUCCUUGUUUCUCUGCGGUAGUUGGACUACAGUGAUGAGUAUGCUAUAAUGAGGGGGCUUAUACAACGCUACCCGCUUUCGCUGCUCUAAUGUGGCACGUUAAUUUACUACGUCAAAGACAUAUUAGCAUGUUAUUGCUUCAAUCGUCUCACCUGCUGAGGCAACCCUACUUUGUAACCCGAAGCAUGCCAUUGGCUUUCCACUAGCAGGCAGUUUACUGGUUAUUCGGUCCCCUGUGUUGUGUAUAUAGUAAUGGUAGUACUGUGCAGUACUGUAUUGUACAGUGUUCGUCUAGACGGGACUGUAUUUGGCUCUGUUUGGGCUGGACUUGUGUGUUUGUCGUUUCAGAAACAUGCAGCAACAUGUAACUAUGAUUUUGGACCGAGAAAGUCCUUAGACCUUCUGUCCCGAGACAACUUUAAAACGGCCUUCACUUUCCUCAUUGUACAGGCUUCAACUCCCAUGAUCAAUUUGUAAGUAGAGUGAGAUGGUACUGUCCUGAUAAAAAUGCACUGACCUUCAUAUUCCAUUCAUUGUGGUUUUGCUGACUGGCAGAGGUCAGAGGUCAGACACAGCUGUGUCUGGGGUGUGUUUAGUUCACAUCCUGUGGCCUUGUCUUGUGUGUGUGUGUGCGCGCUUGUGUUUGUUUCAUGCAUUUUUAGGAAGGUUAGGGUUUGGUCCAGUUUGGUUAGUGUUGAGUCCAUUGACGGGACCAAAAUUGUGAACACAAUUCAGAUUUUUUUGAAGUAGACAACUGGUGGUGUAGCUGGUCUGUUUAUUAAGCACUAUCCUUCGUAUUUAUUCGUAGCAGGAAAGUCUCACUGCAGAUGGGGGAAACACAAGGAAAUGAGAUUGAUAAGGCCAAUAAAACCAAACAUCCUGGUGUUGAUGGCUUCUUUUGUUUUUCUUGUCAAGUCCCCAGUGCGUUGAGUGAAUUUUCACCGCACACUCAUGGAUUGCCCAACUCAAAAUAUUGUAGACUUUGUACAGACAUAAUUGUUGGAUAUGUUUUAAAAGACUUUUGUCUGGUUAUGUGCUCUUUGUAAUUGGUCAAUUUAACAAUGAUGUUUUGCUGUUCUUCCAGGUGUUCUAAUGCUAUCUUAAAUCUCAGAAAAUAUUAAUUUUCUAUGUGGAUGAUCACUGUUGUUUUUUUAACUUUUUGACCAAAUGAAUUUUCCUGUCUAGCUGUUCUGUAGCUUAUUGUACUGUGUCUGAACACCCUAGUGCCUUUACUGUAGUUCAGGAAGGAUUGAGAAGGUUCCAUGUCUUUCAGGGUUCAUGCUUGUUAAAGUGUUUCUGGGUCCAAUCUAUUUCUUUUUGAUAACUGUGUAACAGUCUGUCAUAACUACACAAGUUUUUUUUUUAUUCAAACAGCCACCUUGUGACUUGAGUUACUAUCCGAAUAGCCUUUUUUAAUUGUCAUUGUUUGUUUAAAUGCAUAUCAAUAUGAGCAUGACAGGAUUUUAUGUUUUGAUAAACGAUUCGUGUCUUCAAAAAGGCUCAAUGUGCUCAAGUUACCUUUUCACAGACCAAAUUAAAUCUGUACUGGUUUUUAAUCAAUGUAUUCUUUACAAUGUGCAACUAGGAUAUGUUCCUGUAUGUCAAGUUAACAAUACAUUUGUUGUAGAUCUAUGUUAGAUAAGAUGUGAAAAUAAGAUAAAUCAUUAAGCACUUUUCACACCUUGUUUUUCUGUAGAUUAGAGUUUGAUAAAAGAUGCUUUGACAUUGUAUCAUAUUGUUUAAGUGAAAUGUAUUUUAAAAAAGAUCAAAGAAAUCUGUUUUCUCUUUAAAUUAUAAAAUAAAGAUAUUGUUUUGGUCACUA